CUCUUCAAGAAUGAAAGUGUUUUUUGCCUUAUCGGUCUGGCUUCUUGUGGGAACUGUGGAUGCCAGCCACAGUGUGUCUGUUUCAGCCGAAGUUUGUGAGCAAGAGUUGUGUGAAUGCAACCCGCCAAGGGCAGUCACCGCGGAAAACCUCAAGUACAAUGCCGAGAGAGAGUGUUUCUGCGCAUGCGGUGGUGAGGUUGAUGGAGAAUGCCUGGUAGACCAGGAUUGUGUACACGGCCUCCAUUGCGCAGCCGGAGAUAGCUUGACCGGCAAGGGAAAAUGUAAAGAUGCAUGCAAGAAGCCGGGGCUUGGUUGUGAUAUCUUCGACUACUGCCAGAUCAAAAGUGAUGGUGAGCCGGAAUGCAAAUGUAACAUCCGGGCAUGCAGUGACAUACUGAUCGGCUCUGGGGUGUGCACCAUCGACCCGCAGGAGAAUAAUGCCAAACAAACCUUCAACAACGACUGUCUGUUUGUGAAUGAGCAGUGCAAGCGUCGACAAGAAGGAAAGAACAAACUUGAGAGACGUCCAAUUCUGACAUGCGCAGUUGAGAUUGAGCCGAAUCUGGGCGGUGGUGGACUCCAUGGAUGGAGGAUGUCUGGGAUCUAAGUCUUCAUCGAUUGCUCUCUGAGUAUCCAAGAAAGAUGUCAACUUUUAUUCAUUAAAGUAUCUAUACGUCUUUAGGUUUGGGGUAUAUUUAAAGGCAGUGGACACUGUUGGUAAUUACUCAACAUACUUAUCAGCGUAAAAACUUACUUGGUAACAAUC